UAAAAGUCAAUAAAAAAUGCCCAAAGGGGCUUGAACCAUGGUCUAAUGGCACAUCCUUACCCCCUACCCCUUCUUAUCUUGGCCGUCUCCUACGCGUCUCCUUCGCGCGAUUUCUCCAUUGCUUCGGGUAUCUCUGCUUCAUAGUGGAACCCUAGAAUAGAAACCGAAGUAGGCCUGGUACUGGGUUUACGCUUUCCGUCAAUUAUGAAUCACAAGAUGAAUGUGUAUAUUUGGGACAUGGAUGAGACUCUUAUAUUGCUCAAGUCUUUGAUAAAUAAACAAUUUGCGGAGUCCUUCAACGGUUCAAAGAAUUGGAUGACCGGUGUUACCAUUGGGAAAGCCUGGGAAGAGCAUGUUCUUCAAAUAAGUGAUGACCAUUUCCUUUAUGAGCAAAUUGAGAAUUGCAACAUGCCAUACCUAGAUAUUUUUAACCAAUGUGAUGAUGGUUUGGAUCUCUCGGAUUAUGAUUUUAAAAAUGAUGGAUUUAGUACUCCAGCUGAUGAUGUGAAUAAGAGAAAAUUAGCUUACCGGCAACGCUUUAUAGCACAAAAGUAUAACAAGGGGUUGCAUAGCAUUCUUAAUGAAGAUCUGAUAAAAUGUUUGGAUGAUCUUUAUCACACAACUGAUACUUAUACAGAUGGAUGGCUCUCAUCCGCCCGGUCUUGCUUGGAAAAAUGUGCCACUGGAAAUGCAGAGCUGCCUCCCAGUGACUGCUCCACUCUUGGUGCUAAUGGUGAAGAGGGUGCUAAAUUUCAACAUGUUAAUGUAUUAGUCACUUCGGGGGCACUGAUACCCAGCUUAGUAAAAUGCUUACUCUUUCGCCUGGGUGAUAUGAUUCCUUGUCAGAAUGUCUACAGUGCAUGGGAUGUGGGGAAGGUUCAAUGCUUCACAUGGAUAAGAGAGCGGUUCAACAGCCAGAAUGUACAGUUCUGCGUCAUUGGAGAUGGAAUGGAAGAGUGUGGGGCCGCAGAAGCCAUGGGGUGGCCGUUUGUUAAAGUUGAUCCGUCGUGUUCAACCAAGUACCACCGGUUUCCAGGUCUCACUUCGGAGGACCUUGAUCUCUACCUUGCCGUCGUGUAUGGAAACCGCAAUGAUGAGAGUACCAAAUAGAGGAUCUCAUCACAUCCAUUGUUGUAAGAGUUCUUCCAGUUCUUUUAUAAUAUCAAUGCACUAAGGUCCAUAAAAUAAAUAUGGACCUUAGGCCAUAAGAAUUUGCCUUGUAAAAGUGGGCAGUUUGAAUUUUGAAGUAGUGUAGAUUCUUGUGAGCCCACAGUCAAAUUUGGUGUUUAUAUAUCAUGUCACAAUACUUGGGUAUAGGUAGCUCUUAAUAUACAUUGAACUACAAG